AUGAAUGAUGAACAAAGCUACCAAAAUAAGCGCUUCCUCGCCACCCAAGGACACUGCAUCACAGCCCUGGGACACGGAUCGCGGCCGCAGGAACCCCAGCACAACUCACCGCGCCUCGGCGGGGCCCGCAGUGACAGCGCCGCAGCCGCCUCGACAGCCGCGCAGGUACCGGGACCCGCCGGCGAGGAAGCCCGAAGGAAGACGAGCCUGUCCCGCAACUCCCGAAGGAGGGGCGGACCAAUGCGGCCGCUCAGGCGCGGUGCGGACCCGCGUGUGCGGGAGAGCCGCAGCCGCCCUGCGCCAUCCCGGUCCCGCCCGAGCGUGCGCCACCCCCAGCCGUUCCCCCGUGAAAACACGGCACGGACGGACGAGCGGGGGGAUGGACGGACGGACGGGCCUCCCCCCACGCUCCCGCCGCCCCGGCCGAGGGCGCGGCUCUGGGGCUCUGCCGGGGCGCCCCCCGCGCAGCGCCCCCCGCCGGCCGCCCCGCGCUACCUGCGCUCGCUGACGCCUCCGCCGCCUCCUCCCGGCCCGCGCCCGCGCGCCGCUUCCGCCCGCGCCGCGCGCCCGAAGCCCCGCCCCCGCCGCAGCGCGCGCCCCCCGCCCGGCCGGCGCCGCGAGCGCCCCCCAGCGGCGGGAGGGAGGUGCGGCAGCGGCGUGAGGGGACGGGCGCCGCGCCCCGCGGCUCGGCGGGGAAUUCGCCCUCGUCCGUGCACUGGGCAGCGGGACGGGACUGGGCAUGUUUAG